AUGACUAAACCUCACCAUGUAGCAACCGCCCUGAGCACCGCCCGAGCCCUCAUCAAACCGAAGGAGGAGGCGCUUUACGCCACCCGAGAUAUCAGACUUGGUCUUGAACGAAUAGCUCGUGUCAUCAAACCGACCCAGACGUGGAAAGGCGUUCACGUGGGAGGAACUAACGGCAAGGGGUCGAUCUGUGGCUAUCUCUCCGCGCUUUUCACAGUUGCUGGGGUUGGCCAUGGGCAGUACACAUCACCAGCUUUCCCCGACAAGCGUCACUCCGUCGUGAUCAACGGCCGUUACGUCCGGCCAGAGGACUAUGAAAACGCAGCUCGAAGAGUCGAGAAAGACUAUCGAGCUGUGUCGAUAGGCUGGCGGCUCAGCUCAAGUCAAGACGCCGGAUCUCUUUCGCCCUUUGAGUUGGAGACUGCAACCGCAUUCAACCUCUUCAACAGCCAUGGCGUCCCCUACGGAAUUGUCGAGGUUGGAAUGGGUGGGGCGACCGAUGCCACAAACGCCAUGCGGCGCAAGUCUCUGACUAUCAUCUCCAAGAUUGGCUUGGAUCAUCAAGACUAUCUUGGCAACACUAUUGAAGAGAUUGCCAAGGUAAAAGCUGGAAUCAUGCGACCAGCGGUGCCUUGCGUCGUGGAUGGUACGAAUGAGCCAGCUGUGCUCGCGGUGCUAAAGGAGCAUGCCGAGGGCGUGGGAGCACCCAUGUGGGUGACACAAGAGGAGUCGAGUUUCUUGCAAAAGCUAGAUCAGGAUAGAUGGCAACUGCAGCCUUACCAGAAGCACAAUUUGCUGUGCGCCAUGGUAGGCUUCCGCCAUCUUUUUCCGCAUCUGGACAUCGACAUCAACAGAAUGCUGGAGAUGGUCCCUCAGCUUCCUGGUCGACUGGAAUGGGUCGGCAUUUCUGAUUUGACCAAGAAUCGAUACAACCAACCAGUCUUGGUAGACGCGGCGCACAACGCACUGGGUAUCAAGGCCCUGGCCGACUUCACCAAAGAGAAAUUACGGCAAGACGGGCGACCGAUCACCUGGGUAAUUGGGUUCUCGACAAGCGGCUCGAAGCCAAUACCAGAGAUGCUGGAUAUGCUGGUCGAACCUCAUGACAACGUCGCCUUCGUCGAGUUUCAACAAGGACCCAACCAGCCUCCCAGUAUGCCGGCACCGCUGGGGCGAGAUUUACUGGCCAAGGUGUUGGCAGGAGCGGAAGAACAGCUGUAUGAUGGGGAGCCCGACGUUGGCAGUGCCAUGCAAUGGGCCGCGGACAAAGCAGGCGAUGGUCACAUCGUCCUCACUGGCAGCCUAUAUCUGGUUCGUGAUCUAUAUAAACUUGAGGGAAUCUCUAGAGCAUCCGAGGCCGGCAUUGCCUGGCCGAGCCGAAGAGAGUUGUGGAAUCUCAGUAAGCGCUGGCGAGAGCAGCCCCUCACGAAAGGAGAAUACGAGCAGUUCCGGCGUGCCAGGACCGCUUGGCAGACUUCACGCGAACUUAAAGCUCUGGAGGGGAAUGGGCCUCGCCCACAGGCUACAGGUCCUGAGUCUAAUGACACAGCAACAUCAGCGCAAGUCAACGAUGUCACUCGGCUCGACCCGUCUCUGCAAGCUGCUACGGAUGGCAAAGCGCCACCCAAGGAAGACAUCGAAGAGAUCAAGCGUCUGCGCGAAAGCGAGGACUUUCACCUCCGACAACAAGAAGCGUACGAGGACUUUAUCCGCAGUGCCGAGGAAGACCUAGAAUGGGAAUCGAAGACACCGACGCCGGAUGCUGCGUUCAUUCGUCAACUGAAAGACGACCUGACCCUAUUCCGCUCACGCGAGAACCAUCACCGCAAGGCCUUGGACUCCAUUGCCGAGAAGAUAAUUGCCCACCCAGCUGCCCAGCGCGUUGUAGCACUGACCCAUUUCGAGGUCUACGGUCGACCCUUGACAUACCAUGUCUCGAACUUUGAGGACAAGCCUCGUGUCGACCGCGCAAAGCGCAUUGCCGAGCGAGCGGCACGGCGCCAGGCAUACAGGGACCAUGCGAUCGCCGAGAAGCAGGCCAAGAAGGAUGCAAGGUUGGCGAAAAGUGGCGCAGAUCCCCGGCUUUCGGCAGGCGACGGCGCAGGCGAGGAGGAACCGAUUGAAGAGGAUUUCUGGGGGCGGCCUGUGAAUCUUUUGGAGCAAGGGCCGCGGCCAUACAAUCGAGCCAGGUUUUUCAAGAUCGGCAAUACUAGAAAGCCAUUGGAGUGA